GGCUGGAGUUGAUUUCAGCCCCCUGCUCCCUCCCCUCUUGUCAGCACACAUUUCUCAAAUCAGUCCCCUUGACAAACACACGUCUUUACUGCUCUGCGACACUCCGCUACACUUGGCCAGCACUUCCAGGGUGGAUAUCCAGCAGCAUUUUACAUCCGACACACACUAAGUGAGAAUGUACACAGUUCCUCUGUUGACUGUCGACCGUUCCAGCACUGACCAAAGCUGCUUGUCUGUCGCUCUCCACCCUAUCGGUUUAGGAUGUUUUGUGGCUAGUGCUUCUGGGUAAUGCUCUUUAGCGUCUUGUUGUCUUGACAUUGGUAUUCCUGUUGAAGGAGCACCAAUGGGACACAAGCAGUCCAAGGAAGAGGAGAUGAAGAGGCAGGCGAGGAAGAGUGCCGGCCGUGAGGACAGCUUGACGUCGGCAGAGCGGAUCCGCAACCACGCGUACAAACAGUGGGGCUACAGCAUACUGAGCCUGGCCCGCCGCGGCCUCAAGGAACCCCCCAAGGAACUGUGGGAGCUGACGGAGCUCGAGAAGCUCAAUCUGUCGUUGAACUGCCUGCGGGCUCUGCCCCCCGCCCUCAGCAUCCUCAGCAACCUGGUGGUCCUCAACCUGUGGGGGAACCAGCUGACCAGCCUGCCCCCAGAGAUCGGCCAGCUCAGACACCUCCGCGUCCUGUUCUGCUACCGCAACCAACUGACCGAGGUUCCAGAGGAGCUGGGCAACUGCACCAGGCUGGAGGUCCUCAGCCUGGCCAACAACGAGAUAUCUGGCCUCCCUGCCUCCUGCGCCAACCUGACCUGCCUGAGGAAGCUCAAUCUCAGCCACAACAAAAUUGUUCACAUCCCCGGCUGCGUUUACACCAUGAAGAGACUGGUAUUCCUCCACCUGGCCUGCAACAGGCUGGAGUGCAUCGCCGAGAGCAUCGCGGCACUGGUGGAGCUCAAGAUCCUCAUCGUGGAGGGGAACGAGAUCCACUCGCUGCCCAAGAUGAUCUGCUGCCUGACACGGCUGGAGCUGCUCAACGUGGACUUCAACGACAUCCAGAACGUGCCCCAGGAGAUGCACCAGCUCAGCAGGCUGGAGAAGCUGGCCUACCACCCUCUGGAUAAGGGACUCCACAUCAUGCAGAACCCCUUGCAGAAGCAAAUCAAAGAGGUGCUGGAAGGAGGCCUCAUCGCCCUCUUUAAUUAUCUGAAAUCUAAUUAAGACUCCUCCACAGAAUUUCUUCUGGGGCCCCAUUGUUGUUCUCCAUGAAGGAACUAAAUGUACAUCCAUUGUUGUUGCUCAUGAGGAGGAUGCGAUUUUGGAGUGAUCCUCAACAUGCACGAGAAAAGUAUGAGAAAAAGCUAGGAUUGUUGUUUUUUCAUUUACAAUACAUAACAAGAUGAUGCAACUGUGAUUUUGUAAAAAAUGAUUAGGCUACUAACUGAAUGACAGUAGUCAUGAUGCUUAUGUAGAGUUGUACCUAACAACUCGAUUUGUGUUUAACAUAAUUGAGACACGUCUGUCAUUAUAAACUUCUGAAAGCAAUGCUCAGUGGGGCUAAACACAUUGCAUGGAAAUAGACUUGGACUGUUGGGAGGAAAUCAUCUAACCUAUAGCAAAGCUCUGCUGUCAGGAUCCUCACAUUCUGUACCAGAGGUGAUCUAGAGAAGAGGCCAUGUUUCAGGGGGAGCCUUGGCAUGUCUCUAACACGAGUUGACCUCCGACCUCUCAUUCAAUUACAACCUCUCUUAGUCUUGGAGCAGGUCGUCGGGAUCAAGAUCAGGAGGCUUCCAUUACAUCAACAGAAAGUGCAGCCUUGAGACCAGCCGUGUUUGCUGCUGUAGUUACCUACCCAACUCCUUUAAAGAACAACAAGCAAAUUCUGUUGCCAGUCUCCAUGAUCACAUGCUCUAAUGCACACAGUCAAUGGACCUACAGUCUUAAUCAUGCCUAUUUGAGUUGGAAUAGCAUUUCACUUUGUUUGCCACACAUGCUGAAUGUAGUACCUCAUUGCACCUGAAUGUAGCAUUUCAAAAACAAAUGGGUUAUGUGUACAUGUCAGCUGGUGUUGUUUAUUCUGCCUGACUGUAAAGUUGCCCAUUUUAAUAUGUCAUCUUAUUAUGCAGGAUUACCUAUUGCUGUGUUAGUUUGAGGGGCAAAUGCGCUCAUUACAAUUUUAUUGACCUGUUCUUAAGUCAGUAUGAACUGAGGUCUAAAUAAAUAUUAGAUAAAAAACUAUGCCUCAAAUUCUUCCUGUGAACUCGUAACUCUUACAGAACACAAAGAUUAAAUCAGUCCAGAUGCUGUGUGAUUGGUGGUUCAUGUCACAGUUCAUUGUCCAGGUCAAAGGUCAUGAGAAACAAGACCUGCGGGUAUCAGAAUAGGAUUCUGCUCUGAAAUAUUCUAUAUCAUAGACAUUUCAGACAUUUAUGCAAAAUCCUGCAAGCAUGUGUGUGUUUUUAGAAAAUUCCUAUCAACGUUAGAUAAGCCUCAAAGGAUCCACAGUCCACUUUGUAUGUAGCUGUUAUGUCUGUUUCAGAGACAUUCAACCUGUAUGAUGUCACUGCAUCUCAGACCAUCCAAUUAAGUCAGCACACAGUGUGUUUGUCACGUGUAGCGUUGCAGGCUAUAUUACUGGGAACGUUCAGAGUUUACCAGUAAACUACCAGAAAUGUUGUGUCUUUC